AUGUCUGAACUCACGCAACGAUCCACUUCUCUACCUCAACAAUCUCUAUUCGCUAACAAAAUUGAUAUUGCGCGAGAGCGUCUUCGUCAACUUCGUCGCGAACUCUCCAAUCUUUCCAAUCCACUUCGCAAGUUUCAAAAAUAUAACAUCGAAAUCAUCCCGUCCCCAUUCUUAGAUUGCGAAGGUCCAUGGUCAGGAUCCCCACCAUUGAUGGCUCCGACUCCUUUUUACCAAAACAUGCAGACCAGUAGGAUGCCUGCCAUGAGUUUCGAUCCAGUAAUGGAUGGAUCGGCGGAUACCAGAAGACUCCGUCCAGCACAACCUCAACCAUGUGUAUCUGCAAUAUUUGUACACGCUGGUGCAGGUUAUCACAGCACUACGAACGAACACAUUCACUUGGGAGCUUGUAAUGAUGCUGCUCGCGCAGCAAUGCGAAUCCUCAAAGCCGGUGGUUCAGCCGUUGAUGCAGUCGAAGCGGCGAUCAAAGUUCUUGAAGACAAGGAAAUUACCAACGCCGGAUACGGCAGUAAUUUAUCAAUUGAAGGUAUAGUUGAAUGUGACGCAACAGUGGUAGAUCAUUUGGGUAGAAGUGGUGCCUGUGGUGCAACUGCUCAAAUCAAGAACCCUGUCAGUUUGGCAAGAUUGAUUUUAGAAGCUUCAAGUAGACCAUUAUCUUUACGAAGAGUCCCACCCAACCUUCUUGUCGGGCAAGGAGCGACGGAUUUCGCAUGGGAACAUGGAAUACCAGUUGUACCACAUGAUAUGAUGUGCUCUAAGAAUGCGCGAGAAAGAUAUAUUCGUUGGCGUGACGAUUUACGUCGUGCCGAGGGACAAGGUCGUAUGACACCAUCAAGUAAUAAUAGCAGCCAAGCUGCUGAUGACGAGGCUGCCGCUCGGGAAUACGAAGAACGUGUAAGAGCAAAACAGCGUCGGGACCACACCAAUGCGCUUAUGACUGGUACAUGGAAUGAAGGGCAACCUGAUUCUCCUUCAACAACAUCCCCAGGUCGAGCAUGCCCUCAAGAAUGUGGUCCAUACUCUCCGCGUCCUGGUACUCCUCCGAGUCGAGGCUAUUUUCAAAUGAAUGCGCCAGGCCGUGGAGCUUCUCGCUCUCCAGUCGGAACAACUCCCGCGAAACGUGCACGACUAGCAGCACUCAGUGAUGGCAGUCCGGGGCGUGUUCAAUCUCUUCUAUCUCCAAGUGUUACUACCAGUGGUGUAUCCAGCGAGCCAGGUAUAUGUCCAAGUACUGCUCCAUCCACAAUCGAUAGGCCAUCUAGUACAGAUGGUCAUCUCUCUCCAACAGACCAGGAAAAGGUUAUUGAAAUGCAUUCUGCUUCACUGGAUCUAGCCCAAGAAGGAACAAUCGAGUGCCCCCAUGAGUCUACUGCAGAGCUUCUUACUCCCAAAAAGGCUGACGUGGACUUGAUUACUGAUACCGUUGGAGCUAUCGCCAUUGAUAUGUAUGGCCGUAUUGCUGCGGCAUCUUCAUCUGGUGGAAUCGGGAUGAAACAUCGCGGCCGUGUUGGACCUGCGGCUCUCGUAGGUAUUGGUACAGCUGUGGUUCCUUGUGACGAAAGAGAUGAAGAUCAAGUAUCAGUUGCCGCAGUUACCAGUGGUACAGGAGAGCAUAUGGCAACCACCAUGGCUUCGCAAAAAUGUGCAGACAGACUCUACCACAACACCAGACGAGCUCGUGGUGGCCAGGAUAUGGAAGCUAAUGAAGAUGAAGCCAUGGAGUCAUUUGUUCAAGCAGAUUUUAUGGGUCAUCCUGGUGUCAGUGGAAGUAAUUCAGCAGGCGCAAUCGGCGUUAUGGCGGUCAAAAAGACACAGUAUGGAUAUUUCCUUCAUUUCGCUCAUAAUACCGACUCAUUUGCCUUGGCAUCCUAUGCUUCAAACGAGAAAGAUGCUAAGUGUGUUAUGUCUCGUCUUGGAGACCAUGGAAAUGUUGUUAGAGGAGGUCGAAAGGUUAAGAUUGACAAAGAAUGA